AUGGCGGCAUCCAGUAACACGGAUAACUCUCUCGCCGCUAUGAUGGAGGAUCCGUUCGUUUCCACUAAUGGGCAGCCCCCCGUGCCCCGCGAAUCUCAUCGCUACUCGCCCUUCGAUACACAAAUUUUCAGCCUCAAUGCUUCUUCGCCAGCACAGGCCAAGCGAGCCCUCGAGGCCCAUCUGGCCGAGACCGAGCGCCGUCUUGAGGAGGCGUCUAAGUUGGGAACUGCGCUUAUCGACCAACAACGACAACUCGAGGAGCAGUUGAAGGAGGUCGAACAGCAGCAAGAUGAAGGGGAAAUGGGCCCGCAACUCCAACAGAAACUCGCCGACCUGGAACGUGAAUAUAGCGAGAUUGGCCGAGAGACAGCUCGCGCAUUUUUGGCUCCAAAGCGCUUGGCUGGAGGUGAGGAUGCCCAGCCGGGUACUCCUGGUUUCGAUCAAAAGUCUCCUAUCAGCCCUGCUCUUUUCGCCAGCCAAGCGACCAACUCUCCCAGCAAAGUCAGCGUUCCGUCCCGCAAGCAGCGCAAUCAACCUGCCAGUCGUGUGCACGACAUCGAAUUUGCGACCGAGAUUUCCACUUCUCUUCUAGCCCAAGUUCGCCAAUUACAGGCGCUUCUCGCCGAACGCGAGGAAUCCCUGAAGAAUGUGAAUUUGGAGAAAUCGCGAUUGGAACUGGAGGCCGAGGCCUAUUCACAACGCAUUCGAUCGCUCGAUGACAGCGAACAGCGCUAUAAGGAUGAGAAUUGGGCGUUAGAGACGCAGACCCAUGAGCUGAUGGCAACCAUCAGAGACGCUACUGAACGUGAGAAGAAACUCAACAGCAGCCUUAGCGCAUCUAACUCCGACAAAAGUGCCGUGGAGCGAGAACUCGAGGAGCUAAGGCAAGCCAACGCAAAGCUCCUAGAGGAACAGAUGGAGGUGCAGAAAGCCAACGAUUCUGAAAUGCACCUCUUGCGUCGAAAUCUGAACGCUGGCGACUUGGAGAAGUCUGCUCUGCAGAAGAAGCUGGAAGAGCUGACCUCUCAAAAUCAAGAGCUGGCGAAGGGUCUGGCUAUGCGCAUUCGAAACUACGAGUCCCAGGGCUCUCGUGAUAUCGCCGAUGAUAACGACGGUUCCGACCAAGAACAUAUCACACCUGAAAGCUCUCCACCCCCGUCUCCCAACAAAUUCACUCCUCGUCAUGGUCACUUGGAAUCAGAAACCCUGAAGAGUUCCCUUGGCCAUGCUCAUCGUAUGAUCCAGAACCUGAAGAGCACUAUUCAUCGUGAGAAAACGGAGAAGAUGGAGCUUAAGCGCAUGUUGCAAGAGGCCCGCGAUGAGGUCGAGCAGAAACGUCGUGAGGCCGUUGCGCCAAGCUCGAGCAAGCGCCUGAAGACCAAACAAGACUCCAUCCGCAAACCUCUUCGUCCAGAUCUUCUGGGUGCCGGUCGCAAGGAGAAGUCCUUUGUUGAACUUCAUGACACUGAUUGGGAAGACAAUGCUGGUCAGACCAGCCCCACUCGCCCGAUCAUGGCAGCUAUGCCCACGGGCCGCGCCGGUGCUCGCUCCCCUGAUGAGCCUAGCGAUGUCUAUCAGACUGCUACCGAGGCUGAGGAUGGAUUCGAGACUGCUAACGAGCGCGCUACCGCUACUGAGAGCGAGGCGUUCCAGACCGGUGUGGAAAGCAUGGCGGACGACAGCAGCGACGACUCUGCGGACCUCACUGAGACCGAGAACAACGUUCAGACAACACCACGAAGCCGAGUCACCUCAUCUUUCAUCAUGGCCAAGGCCCGUGACCGCACUUCGUGGCACAGCUCGGCUUCCACCUCGGACGAUGACCAGACAGACGACGGAGGUGCUCCCUCGCCAAGCCAAACCCACAUUUCUCGCCCCCGUGUUAGGAACAAGCGAAGCAUUUUGAGACGUAUUCGCCCCUCUGGGGAAGCCCCAAUGGCCUCUAUCAGCCGGCCGGGAAGCUCACGUAACUCCCCUGCCCCAACCUUGGAGCAAGAGACGAUGGCCCAGGAGGGUCAAAGUCUGUUCGCCGAGCUUGCAGAGCUGGAAGGUGGGGAAGAAGAUGAGGAAGAGGAUGUUCCAGAGGCUUCUACUCCGCGCAUGGGAUCUAUAUCUGGCUCUCGCAGGCCCUCCGAGACAAUGCUUGGUUCACCGCUUAGACCAGCUAUGGUCGAUAGCGGUGUGAUGACUGAACCUUGGGAGCCAACCGUUCCUGUCACCGUGGUUGGUGAUGCCAAUUUCCCCGAAGCCCCGGGUACUCCUCAGAGAAGUCUGACUGCGGAUCGAGAAAUCGACGCGGAAAAUCAGGAAACACCCAAGCUGGUUAGCUCUGGAACACAAUGGACGCCUCUCAAGCCUUCGGCGAUUGAGAAUGACCACCUGACGAGUGUUCCCACGCCACCCAAGAUGGCCUGGGACCAGCGUUCUAUCGGAAGUCAAGGAGUCGAGGCAGGCACUCAAGCCGAACCGGCUGAGAUGGGAAUGGCCACCAUCACUACUCAGGAAACUGUUCCCGAGUUGCCCGCAUUCAUAGAACUGGGCAUUUCAUACGUUUCUGGAGGCGUGGUCGAGCCUGUGAAGCAUGAGCUCCAUGUGCCCGAACCUGUGGUGGUCGAGCGGGUUGUCGAGCGUGUGCGGGAAUUGCCCCAACCGGCAUUGUCGUCUCACUACACACAUCACUCGGUCGAGCCUGUCCUGGCAACAAUUCCUGUGCCGGAACCUGUCAUUGUUGAGCGAAUUGUCGAGCGUGAGCGGGAGUUACCCCAACCAGCAUUGUCGUCUCUCCACACGCAUCAUUCAGUUGAGCCUAUUCUAGCAACAAUUCCUGUUCCGGAGCCGGUGGUUGUUGAGCGCGUUGUCGAGCGUGAGCGUGACUUGCCCCAGCCAUCCUUGUCGUCUCACCACCUGCAUCAUUCAAUUGAGCCUGUUCUGGCAACUGUGUCGGAGCCGGUCGUUGUUGAGCGCGUUGUCGAGCGCAUUGUUGAGCGUGAACGGGAUCUGCCCCAGCCAUCCUUGUCAUCUCAUUUCACUCAUCAUUCCAUCGAGCCUAUCCUGGCAACCAUCCCAGAUCCUGAGCCUGUUAUCCCGGUCGAUCUUCUUCGGGAAUUGCCUCAAUUAUCCUUGUCGUCUCUCUUUACUCAUCAUUCCGCCCAGCCUGUUCAGGCCCAACUCCCCGAACCUGAAUCCAUCCCUGAACCUCCUGUUAUCGAAGCACUUCCAUUGUCCGAGCUGGGUGUGUCAACUAUUGCCUCCGAACAUACUGUGCCGGUUCAGCCUCAGCUUCCAGAACCCGUUCCAAUGCCUGAACCUGUCGUUGUCGAGCGCAUCGUCGAACGCAUUGUCGAGCGGGAACCAGUUCUUCCCCAACUGUCAGUCUCCUGGCUGGACCCAGCCUUUACGCACCCGGUUGCACCUAAAUCUAUCGAGCUUCCUGCUCUCCCUAGCCCCACAAUGGCUACUUUACGGUCAAUCGAGACUCAUCCAGUCCAGUAUGUUCCACGCGCGGUUCCUCCGAUGACCGAUUUCGGCAUUCAAACAGACCCGAUGGAGGAGUCACCAGUUGCAGCUGCUGCAGUUCUCGUCCACGAAAAUGAGACCGGUGACUCUAUUCGCAGCAUUGGGGAUGCCAACACCGGCGAACGGCGAACAAGCACUGGCUUGGCUCUGAGCGACAUUUCUGGCAAUGCUCUACCUCAUACUGGUAGACAGCCAUUCAGCUCUGUCAGCAUGGACCAGGGCGCUCAAACCAUUCUUUCCGCGAAGCAGAUCGACCAGCUCCUCAUGGAACGGGUAUCUCCGCGUCCCGCUUCCAAUGAAAGCAAUCACACGAGAGACAUGGCAUUGGCUGCUGCUACUACCGCAACUGCUGCUGCUGCUGCCGCUGCCGCUGCCACCGCGUCACCAUAUGCUACCCCCAAGCUAAGACCUCGCCCUCAACAGCAAACAUCCAGAUCAGGAACUCCCAGACGACCUGAUACUGCAACCAGCCAGGUCUCUGGCGUCAGUUCUCACCCGCCAUUGCCUUCAGACCAUCGCGAAAGUAUCCUCGCGGCUGAGAAGAAGUCAAUCGAUGUGCCCCCGCCGUCGCCCGGUACCAUGGGUCCUCCUUUGGCUCCUGCCUCUGCCUAUCGCAUGAAUGUGCAAGGUCCCCGAACACCAAGUGAAAAUGCCAACCGUCCUGAUUCCACCAAGACCGUGUCUACGCAGCCUCGUGUGAGGAGGGGAAGCCAAAGCCAGAUGUCCAGGCGGUCAUCAGUGUCCUCGUUUACUUCCGAGCUCGAGGAGCGAUUCAACAUGAACCCUCACGCUGGUCCCAUGCCCCACGGCUACGGACCUAACACCGAUCCUCGCAUGAUCCAGGCGAUCACACAGACAAUGAUUGGAGAGUUCCUCUGGAAAUAUACUCGAAAGACCGGUUCAGCGGAGAUGUCAUCCACCCGGCAUCGGCGGUAUUUCUGGGUCCACCCGUAUACUCGUACCCUAUACUGGAGUGAAUCAGACCCGCAAACUGCCGGGAAGAGUGAGCUUCGGACCAAGAGUGUACCAAUCGAGGCUGUGCGAGUGGUCGCGGACGAUAACCCUUAUCCCCCGGGUCUUCACCAGCGAAGCUUGGAGGUUGUCAGUCCUGGCCGUCGCGUCCGGUUCACUGCCAGCACAAGUCAACGGCACGAGACUUGGUUCAAUGCCUUAUCGUACCUUCUCUUGCGCGAGACCAAUGACAAUUGCGAGGACCAUGACAACAGUGUGACUUUGGAUGAUAUUGAUGAAUUUAAUCCUGGGUUCCGCUCUGCCUCUCGCCAGACAGCCCGGAUGUCACAGUCCUCCUAUAACAGUCACACCCUUCGCGGCAAGCCCAAGCAACAACGCGCAGCUUCUGCCAUGUCCAUGCGCUCAACUGGAACUCACGGCCGUGCGUCUCCCGCACUCAGCACCGGGGCGCCGAACUCCACGCUGCAAGUUCCCGAGGAACCCCCGCAGCGGUCUUCAUCCCGCCUCAGUUCAAGGCUCAACAGCUCGAUCCGCGGAUCAAUUGCUAGUCUGAAGGGACGUCAUGGUGCCCAGUCCCCCAGUCUCCACAACGAAAGCCUCCGUGGUCAGGACAGUGUUGAGAACCUUGGACACACGCACGACCAUGAUGACGGGGACCGACUUGAGAACGUGCGUGCCUGCUGCGAUGGCAAACACGACGUGGGUUCGCUCUCUCGUACCAGCAGGUACAGCCCGCGGGUCGACCGCAACCACUCCCAUCACUAA